UCUAUUUGUGUCACACUUUUGAACGUUUUUCAUUUAGUAAUAGACGGCACUUGGUGUAGUCAUAAGCUUAAUUAAUAAAAUUAAAUAAUGGGAUUGUUACAAGUUUGCGUGUACGUGUUAUUAAUAAUACAUUUAUCAAGGACCCAGGAGCCUGCAAACCAUUACGACGUGUCUGUUCAGCGUUUCGUACGACAAAAUCCAGACUUUUUUCAAGAUCUAAUGGCUCAAUUUCAGCGUAUGAACGAUCAAGUAACUCAACAAUGGGUUCCAGCUUUGAGUCAAAUUAGUGAGGGAUUUCAACAGGGAGCACCUUUGCUCCAGCAAAUGCCGCUGCUUGGUCAGUCUCUAGCUGAAAGUAUUCUAAGUAGUUCGGAUUCUUUGUUAGGGGCAUUUAGUAGAUCAAACGGUGAUGAAGAUGAUGGUGAAACUGGCAUUCAGCAAACACCAGCGUCGCAAAAAGACAAGGAACAGAGUGAAGGACGACAGCAACCCAAACAACCAUUGGAUGUGAUUUGGGGCACACCUUUAUUGGGAUUGCAGAGUUUUAUGCAAAAUCCGCCUCCACCUUUCAACUAUAAUCCUUUUAUUCCAGCUUGGCCCAAUCAAAGGCAGCAAGCAUCCGCUUCUGAAAUGUCCGAAGUUCGAGUUAAGCCCGACAUUGUCGACCCAACUUAUAGAUUUAGUCGCAAAACGACGCGAGCUAACAAGCCAGGAGAUAUGCAAAACUAUCCAUUUUCUAACGCGGAAAUAUUAAAAAAAAAUAUGCCUUUACUAUGGCUUCAUCUCACUAAAUCAAAAUCGGUGAAUUCUAACAAACCCAAGGAUAAAGAAACACAGGCGAAAUUGUCUACCGUUGAAGACGAACUUGUUUUGGAAUUAAAAUACCUACAAAAAGUUGUCAAAUUAGCUAACCAAGCGAAGCGGCUUAAGCCUUAUGGCACUAGUGCGAGUAUUUCCAAAGCCCUAUCUCUGAGUGACAUUUCCGUUUAUAAAAUAACAAUGGGGGACAUUGAAAAAGCUUUGAAAGACGAGGAUGUUCUGACUAUUUUGCACACAUUAAAUCAAUAUCGUCACACCAUACCCAACAAGCGUCAAAUUUCAUCAAAUGAUCUUCUACAGAUGCUUUCCGCAGAAGAUUUAAUGAAAAUUAUUAGUCACAACUCCCGGAUGUCGCCUAAAGUUGAAAACAAUUGGAUGAAAGGCGAAGAAGCCUUAAAGUCAAAUGAAUUGGAAAUGAGUACCCAUAAUAUCGAUAAUAUGAAGUAUUUGGUAAACGAAGGUGCUAUUGGAAAAUCUAUGUCAAUGUUGCACAAUCCCGCGCUCAGUUAUUGGCCCGGUCUUCAACCAAUAGAGCGACAGCCUACUGUAAAUCCGUCUCCAUUUCCCACCCAAUGGCCGCCAUCUCAACUUAAACAAUUCACCCAAACAGUAGUGUUUCCACCACAAUACCGGAUGGGACGAGCUUUGACUCAACUUCCACAACAAAGCUCGAGACAAGUGAUGCAAUCGCUACACAUGUUUGAACCCAAACUGCGACAACAACAACAGGACAUACAACAGCUGACACCUGUAGUUAAUACACCCGGCGAACUUGAGCAACGACAUUGGAGGAACAGAGCUAUGAUGCAGUUACCUCAACAAUCUUUGCCAACAAGUGAUCCCGUCCUGAGACAAAUGCAGAACGAUUUUCCCGUAGUGUCACAACCAUCCCAACAACAAUUAGCUGAGAUUAAAAGAAUUGACACCAUAAAUCCGCAGCAUAAACCUAAAAAAAACCCUAUUUCAGCAGAGCUUGAUUCUAAUAGAACAGGCAUGGAACCACAACUUCCCAAUGAAGACGAUUUGACGAACGAAAGACCUGACACCAUAAAUCCACAGCAUAAACCUAAGAAAAACCCAACUCCACCAGAGCUUGAUUCGAAUAGAACAGGCGUAAAAACACAAUCUCCCAAUCAAGGCAAUCUGAAGAAAAACGAACAAAAAAUCAACCAUGCAGGCCAUCGUAAGAAGAUGCCCGAAAAUACCCGGCAUAGCAGUAACCUGUACGGAACAGCUUAUGACAAUUAUGAUUUCUUAUACUAUCCUCAAGUUUAUACGAAACUACAACACACAAAUAACAACAAAUUAGACCGAAUCCCUUGCCCAAUAGUUGUUAACAACUAUUACGGCGACUGCUCUACAACGCCCACAAACAACUUAAAUACUCUAGCAACUAGCCAUAGCGGCAACAACAAUGAUCCCGCUUCACAUCUCUCCACUACGACUCUAUGUACUGAAACUAACACUGAUAGCUACAACGAUUUUCCUGUGACUGCCGCCUCUGCGCUUUUCGGCCCUACUCGUUCCAAUAUUAAUAAUUUGGUCACGCAGCGUACUCACAUUAAUGCCAGUCCCUAUAAAAUGGCCAUCGGAGAUGACGAAAUAUUUAAAAUGCUUCAAGAAAAUAAAGCUUUGCCGAAUUCAAUGAUGAUAACUGCUACUCAUACGCAGAGACAGCAACAUUCAAUGCCUGAAAGGGAUAAGCAGCAAGGACAACAAAACAUUUCUUUUUCAAAUAAACAGGAAACCAGCCAUAACCAUCCACCUAUAUCAUCGCCGUCAUUACCAUCAACCUCAUCCGAUGCUGGAUUUAAACCCGAGACACCCGAAGAACGGACGUUUACUCAUUUUAGUCCUUUUCUAAUGAAACCAUUCAUCGGUUUACCGCCCAUCAAACAUCAUAACGAUCCUUGGCUGCAUAAACCAUACAAUUUGCAUAAACCGAUCUUCCAUAAACUCACUACAAGUCAUUUUUCACCUUUAAAACGUUUUAAAAGAUCAACAACCUCUUCCACUUCUUCUCAUAUAAAUGUGUUAACACCCGAUUUACUGAAACGUUUAUUAACACUGAAUAUGAAUUUUGAAAAAAGAUUUCCAAUUUUAUACAAGGUACUAAUGGGUCACUACACAAACGACAAAUAUACUGAAUUAACAAUAACGCCACCAAUUGUCGUUGGGAACAUGUCGAAUCCGAAUCUAGUUGAGAAGGAAAAAUCCGGGACUAAAGAAAGUGAGGAGGUUCUCUUAUUAUUACAAAAAUUAAAAAAAAAAAAUUUUUCAAAUCUCCUAAGACAAGAAGGACAAAGUGAUCAAAAAACUUCGACUCAAAAUUUGGAUAAUUUGUUUAUUUGGGAUCAGGACUUCUAGCUACUCUUGAAAUUUUAUAUAAACCUAAAACGUAAAAAGUCAUUACAUUGUAGUGAAAAUGAUUUCAUCAUUAAUCAAAUAA